GAAUGGGGACGGGAAAUAGGUUCUGUGUGCUCUCCGCGGGUAUUGUGUCAGGAGAUGCGGGCUGGCUACCAUGUGACGCGGUCCAGAGCUGAAGGGAUUGGCCGAGGCAGCGCAGGCGGUGCAGCUCGUCGGCUGGCUGUUCCUCUCCCUUUCUCUCGCAGCAUCUUCCCGGGAGCCUUAGGUGAAGCAGCACCAGCUGCAUCCAUGGCCUAUCUUUGGGGUUAACACUUGUCUUUGGCUUCAGCAGCCACGGGUACAGCCGAUCGCCUGGCAGCAGCGGCAGCGGUGUCGGGAGGAUUUCGCUGGGACCUGGAAUCGUAUCCUCCAGUAUUUUUUCAGACUCCUUGGAAAUUAAGGAAUGCAAUUCUGCCACCAUGAUGGAAGGAUUGAAAAAACGUACAAGGAAGGCCUUUGGGAUACGGAAGAAAGAAAAGGACACUGAUUCUACAGGUUCACCCGAUAGAGAUGGAAUUCAGGGGAAAAAAAAGACCCAGAAGACUCAGCUUCUCCUCACCUCUUGCUUCUGGCUCAGAGCCCUCUCGUUAACUCUCUCGCAGCAGCCCAGCCCACAUGAACCACCCUACAAUAACAAAGCAGAGUGUGCGCGUGAAGGAGGAAAAAAAGUUUCGAAGAAAAGCAAUGGGGCACCAAAUGGAUUUUAUGCAGAAAUUGAUUGGGAAAGAUACAACUCGCCCGAGCUGGAUGAAGAAGGCUACAGCAUCAGACCUGAGGAACCCGGCUCUACCAAAGGAAAGCACUUUUAUUCUUCAAGUGAAUCAGAAGAGGAAGAAGAAUCACACAAGAAAUUUAAUAUCAAGAUUAAGCCACUGCAAUCUAAAGACAUUCUUAAGAACGCUGCAACUGUAGAUGAACUGAAGGCAUCGAUAGGCAACAUUGCACUUUCCCCAUCACCAGUGGGUGCAAUUAAAAGGAACUUAUCCAGUGAAGAAGUGGCCAGACCCAGGCGUUCCACACCGACACCAGAACUCAUGAGCAAAAAACCUCCAGAUGACACUAUGGCCUUAGCUCCCCUCUUUGGCCCACCAUUAGAAUCAGCUUUUGAUGAACAGAAGACAGAAGUUCCUUUAGAUCAGCCUGAGAUAUGGGGUUCAGGCCAACCAGUUAAUCCAAGCAUGGAGUCGCCAAAGUUAACAAGGCCUUUUCCCACUGGAACACCUCCUCCACUGCCUCCAAAAAAUGUACCAGCCACCCCAGCCCGCACAGGCUCCCCCCUCACAGUUGGACCAGGAAAUGACCAGUCAGCCACAGAGGUCAAAAUUGAAAAACUACCAUCAAUCAAUGACCUGGACAGCAUUUUUGGCCCAGUGUUGUCCCCCAAGUCUGUUGCUGUUAAUGCUGAAGAAAAGUGGGUCCAUUUUUCUGAUACGUCCCCGGAACGUGUUACUCCAGAGUUGACUCCAAGGGAAAAGGUGGUAUCCCCACCAGCUGCAUCAGACAACCCAGAUGACUCCCCAGUUCUGGGAUCCCCAAGUCCUCCAGGCCCCCCAGGCCCCCCAGGCCCUCCAGGGCCCCCUGGUCCUCCUCGAAAUGUACCAUCGCCGCUCAAUUUAGAAGAAGUCCAGAAGAAAGUCGCUGAGCAGAGCUUCAUUAAAGAUGAUUACUUAGAAACAAUCUCAUCUCCUAAAGAUUUUGGGUUGGGACAGAGAGCAACUCCGCCUCCCCCACCACCACCCACCUACAGAACUGUGGUUUCGUCCCCCGGACCUGGCUCGGGCAGUGGUACAGGGACCACCAGUGGUGCAUCGUCCCCUGCUCGGCCAGCCACUCCCUUGGUCCCUUGCAGCAGCACCACCCCACCACCACCUCCUCCCCGGCCUCCAUCUCGGCCAAAGCUACCUCCAGGAAAACCUGGAGUCGGAGAUGUGCCCAGACCUUUUAGCCCUCCCAUCCAUUCCUCCAGCCCUCCUCCAAUAGCACCCCUAGCACGGGCUGAAAGCACUUCUUCAAUAUCGUCCACGAAUUCCCUGAGUGCAGCCACCACUCCCACAGUUGUGUCAGAAGAUGAUGUUUUUUAUGACAAACUGCCCUCAUUUGAAAGGCGCUGUGAAACCCCGGCAGAGAAUGAACAGCCUUCCCUCGUUUGGUUUGACAGAGGAAAGUUUUAUUUGACUUUUGAAGGUUCCUCCAGGGGACCCAGCCCUCUAACCAUGGGGGCCCAGGACACCCUCCCCGUUGCAGCAGCAUUUACAGAAACGGUCAACGCCUACUUCAAAGGAGCAGAUCCCAGCAAAUGUAUUGUGAAGAUUACUGGAGAAAUGGUGUUGUCCUUCCCUGCCGGCAUCACCAGACACUUUGCCAACAACCCAUCGCCAGCUGCCCUGACUUUCCGGGUGAUAAAUUUCAGCAGGUUAGAACACGUCCUGCCAAAUCCCCAACUUCUCUGCUGCGAUAAUACCCAAAGUGAUGCCAAUAGCAAGGAAUUCUGGGUAAACAUGCCAAAUUUGAUGACUCACCUAAAGAAAGUGUCUGAACAAAAACCCCAGGCUACGUAUUAUAAUGUGGACAUGCUUAAAUAUCAGGUGUCCGCCCAGGGCAUUCAGUCCACACCUCUGAACCUGGCAGUGAACUGGCGGUGUGAGCCCACCAGCACCGACCUGCGCAUAGAUUACAAAUACAAUACGGAUGCAAUGACAACCGCGGUGGCCCUCAACAAUGUGCAGUUCCUGGUCCCCAUCGACGGGGGAGUAACCAAGCUCCAGGCCGUGCUCCCCCCGGCAGUCUGGAAUGCUGAACAACAAAGAAUAUUGUGGAAAAUUCCCGAUAUUUCUCAGAAGUCAGAAAAUGGAGGUGUGGGUUCUUUAUUGGCAAGAUUUCAGUUAUCUGAAGGCCCAAGCAAGCCUUCCCCAUUGGUUGUGCAGUUUACGAGUGAAGGAAGCACCCUUUCUGGCUGUGACAUUGAACUUGUUGGAGCAGGCUAUCGAUUUUCACUCAUCAAAAAAAGGUUUGCUGCAGGAAAAUACUUGGCAGACAACUAAUAAAAUCUUGUGCAAGGAUUCAGAAGAUUCACAUAAUGGAGAACUGCUGUAUGAGAAACAGGUUUCAGUUUGGGUUUGAUGAAAACAAAUCAAAAUCUGCACUUGGGAUAAACCUGCUGGAAAUGCCCAUGACUUUUCCGCAAUGAUUUCCCUCACACAGUACCAUGAUGACCAGUCCUACAGUAUUUACUUCUAGGUGUAAUAUUGUUAUGGUUUUAAAAUGUAAUUAUUGUAUUUGUAAAUUGUACUCAUUCCAGUAAAGCAGUUAGACACUUGAGUUUUAGCAUUUUACCACUCCUGAAAUGGAUGUAAUUUAAACUGUGGUAUGUAAAUUUAAUAGUAGUACUGUUGAAUGGCACAGCACUUACAGAGGUAGGUUGAAUUUUGUCAAUAUAUAAAAUUUAAAUAUAAUAUUGAUAGCUAUCACAAAGGGGGUGCCACAUACAAAGGAAAUUAAGUGGAACCAGAAAAAAAACUUUUUUUUUCAGUUCUUAGUAUGUUUUAUUCUAGUGCUAAAUAAAAAAUUCUAUCUUCAAAUGUUUAGUGGGUUAAAUUCAGAAACUAUUUCAGAAAAACAUUCUAAGGUUACAGCAUAUUCAAAGAAAAGCAUUAAUUACCACUUUUUAAACAAGCUUUUUUUUCAAACUGCAAAUUUCAUAAAAAUGCAAACUGUGUAAACAGGGCCUCUUAUUUUUAUAACUUGUGUAUAAAGGGAAAGCAAUUCAUAUUUAAAGUUUAAGUAUAUGAAAUUAUAAUCAAGUAAAGAAGAUAUUGACGUCUUAACUACUUCCCCUCUCUCUACAGCUUAGCAAAUGUAGAGAUUGUUGAAUCAUCCAGUCAGACUAAAACAAAAAUUGUGAUUUUAAAACUUCAAGACUCCCCAUAGUUGAGCUGGUUCGCAGCUCUUGCACCGUUACCCUCAGCAGAGAGCUCCUCCCGCCGGGCGUGGAGACCGGUGCUGUGCAUCUCCCUCUUCACCCACAGCAGGCAAAAUGCUGAGACCAAAAGUCUCAGGAAAAAUGUUUGUCCCCUAUUUAAAUCCAGAAGGAGAAUUUUAAUCACACUCAUUUAUAAUAUUUGGGAAGGAAAAAAAAUAAGCUUUAUCAAAGAAAUUCUCUCCACAUAAUUGUGUAAUAAAGUCCUUUUAGAUAAAAUUCAUUGUAUGAAACUAUAAAUCUUUGCCAUUCUGGGGGGAAUCAAAAAGAGUUAUAAAAAAUGUGUUGUUAUUUUAUUGUUGCAAGGUAUAAUACAAACUUCAAGUACUCAGUUGGGCCUCACGAUGAGGGAAUUCAGAACAGAGAAGCACUUCUUCAGGGAUCCCAGUUAUAAAACCUUCCUUCAUUCUGAUCUGAAAACACAAGUCUUCCUUCAAGUCAUAGAGCUUAUUUUAAACAUAGGCAAAUUCGUGUUCUAGGUUAUACUGUUAAAUAACUGUAAUUAUAAGUUGUUUUAUUUCUCAUGAGUUGCUAAAUUUUACUUUACAUUUACUCAUAUUAGACAAAGAAUUUUGAGCCCCUUUAAGUUUUAGAAUCUUACUCUUAAAAUGAGAUUGUGACUGGCAGUAGUUCACAGUGGAACUUUCUAAAUUGGUGUUUGUACUUCUCAAUCAGUGCUGGCUACCCAGAGGAUGUUCAAAGUGAGCUGCCUUGCAUUAGAAGGAUAUUCUCAAUUGGCUUCUCAAGUCUUGUGUUGAAGUUUUUUAAACAAAUAACUAAUAUAGUCUUUUUAUCUAAAGAUAUGCUAUUUGAUUUUGAAACCGAAAGAGAGAAUGCAAAUUUUUAAAUAUAUGAAACAUAGGGAAAUUCCAAACACUAAAACCAAUGGAAAAUAAACUGCAGAAAACUGAGAACUAUCCAGCAUAUAAAUAUAAAAAUGUGUUUAAAGUAAUCAGUUUGUGAAAAAAACAUAUUGAAAAUUAGCACAAAGCAUAUUAAAAUGUGUAAAUAUUACUGUUCUCAUGUCUUGCUCUUUAUAUUUAUUUUAUUUCAAUUGGUUCUGGAGUGAAUUGGUAGUUAAACACAAGGACUUUUUGUUAAUAAAAGAAUAAUUUUGUUGAUAUUGUAAAAAAUGUAAUUUAAAACAUAGAUUACAAUAAUCCCUAACAUUAUUCAAAUGUUUCCAGGAACUAAAAUUUGGAACAAUGAAGAUAUUCUAUGAUCUCUUAAUUAGUCUUUGUGAAACAGAAUGAAAGUCAGUGAUUUCAGAGUUACUAAACCUUGAAUAACCAGAAUCUCAAUAGAGGAUAUAUCUCUUUCAGUUCAGAAAAUAGGCUAAAUAAUAACAAACUCAUAUCAGGGAGGUUUGGGUGUUUUUCUUUUACUCUUGUAGUUUAUAUUCUCCUGUUACACCUGUACCCAUUGUGCUAUGCACUAAGAAUUCAUGUCAGAAAAAAUGAUCCAAGACAGUGCAAGAGUCUCUGUUACAAAAGAAACAUUAAGUCGGGUUCAUUAUCAAUCCCUAAAGCAGAACAACGUGAGCUAGUACAUAUUAACAUUUUCAAUACUAUGGGUUAAAAUGAAAAGGUUUUGUUAACCAGAACAUCAUGUUCUGAGCAAUAUGGUUACAAAGGUUCUGCUCUAUCAAGAUAGAAAGUAUGAAUGAUGCUGCUUUAUUUUGGCAAAAUGGAAAGUAUGUUUUUCUUUUCAAAUAAAUUCCAUAUUUUCAUGGUAUUUUUAAAAAUAAAUUCUCAUUAUGAAUUAGUCUGAAUUUUAUCAUAAUUGGAAUUUAUAAUUCCUAAAGAUUAAAUUUUUAAAUUAUUUUUAAAGCUCUAUUCUUCUCUAUACCUACAGCCAAAAUGGGAAUUCACUGCAUGGUAUUUGGGAAUCUAUUUUACCUAUAAAGGAAGAAAGUCCACAUUCCAAUGGUUUCAAGUGAAUAGAGAACAGACCAGAAUGCCGAAUGUUUCGUGUAUUUUUACUCCACCUUUAUCUACAGAUAGUUCGAGGCCAUAAUUAAAUAUAUUUUCAUUUCUUCUUUUCAAAGAAACCCGCACAAUUCUAGUAAUGUAACUGCAUUACACUGACGCUAACUUCUGCUGUGUGACCUUAGACAAAUCACUGCUCUUUUCAGUUUCUCCUCUUUGCAAUGAGGGAUUUGGAUUGCCAAUGGUUUUCAAGCUUUUCUUAACAGCAGGACUUUUUGUACUAGAAUUGUGCGUGGAAUCCUGUUAGGCAAAACAGCUCAAAACAACGCAGGAGUUUCUCCAGCAGUUUAAAUUUGGGUUCCCCACCCCGCGACUCCCAGCACUGUUUCCACAGCAUAACAACACCUCAAUGAUCUAUACAGUUUCUUCCACAUCUGGAAUUCCAUGAUUCUACCUGACUCAGAUAGAUCACCUUGGGGGACUUUACAAGGACACUGGUACAAUCAUAGUUAUUAACUGACAUACAAUAAAAAUUGAUAUUUACUUGAGAGCUUACCAUGUACUAGUCACUAAAGCUAUUAGCUCAUUUAAUCCUUAUAUCAAUCUCCAAAUUGUAGGCACUCUUUUGAAUUCCUAUUUUUACAAAUGCUGACAUUGAGGACUAGGCAGAUUCACUAAUUUGCCCAGAGACACAGCAACUGGAAGUAACCCAGUUAUCUUGACUGCAGAAGGAGCCCUGACCUGUUUUGCUUGCUCUUUCUGGAACAUAAACUCUUCUGUUUGAUUGUACUAUACAUAUUCUAUUUGAAUGCCAAAGUAAAGGUGCUGUGAAAAAUUAGUAUCAAAAUCAGGAUAAUUCCAGUAGCAAAAUCGUUAGGAAAAAUGAGUUUCUCAAAAUAUGAUAUGUGGACCACUUGUGUUAUUUAUUUAAAAAAGGCAAUGAUUUUGGCUUAAUGACAACUAUAUCCCUGGAGCCUAAGAGACAGUAUGUGCCAAAAAAUGUAUAUUAAAUAAAGAAAUCUCUAGAAAUGGGGUUUAAAAAUAAGUAUUUUGAGCCCCAGCCAGUUGGCUCAGUGGAUAGAGCAUUGGCCUGCAGACUGAAGGGUACCGGGUUCCAUUCUGGUCAAGGGCAUAUGCCUGGGUUGUGGGCUCAAUCCCCAGCAGGAGGCAGCCAAUCAGUGAUUCUCUCUCAUCAUUGAUGUUUCUAUCUCUCCCUCUCUCUUCCUCUCUGACAUCAAUAAAAAUAUAUUUUUUAAAAAAAGAAAUAUUUUGACAAGCACCCAAAAUUUGAGGAUCACUGCCCUAAUAGAUCUCUCAGGUCCUUCUUAGCUCUGACAUUAUAUCAAAAUUUAAAUACUAAAUUGUAAGUUGAAUAUCAUUUUUUCUAGUGAAUUUGUUUUUUUCAUUCAGCUCAUUUAAUUUUCUCCAAAUCUUGAAAAGGAGAAAGAUAAAGUGGAUUUUUCUAAGAACAUCCCUCUUUUCCUUAGAGCUCUCCUGUUGUGCUAUCUCAGUCUCAAAGUGGCCUGAAAUGCGUUCUCUCAUUUUCAUAUUUCUGUCCUUGUCUUCAAAGUCUUGAAUGUUUAAAGGGAGCAGUAGGGAGGUUGCAAGCUGUGGUUCAUCCCAAACACACAGUCUUAAUAAAUGUCUCCCUCCCUGCAAAGGAAACUCAGACACCUAACCUAUAAGUCAACCCAUUUGUCUUGUAGGCCUUUGAAUUGAAUGUUUUAUAAACACAGACUAAUGUCAUUACAAAAAAAUUGCACCAAUCCUUUUUAUUUCCUUUCUUUUUCUUUAAAAUAAUCAAAGGCUAUCAAGGAAAGUUGAAUGGCACCAUAAACUAUGCAGAUAUCGACUAAGGAACGGGUUUGUAGGUUUGUUUUUAUUAAGCUUUCUUUUUCUCCAAAAAUUAUGCAUUGGAGCAAAAUCAUAUUCAGUCCAAACACUCUCAUUUUGUACAUGGUUUUCUGAUUAGCAAUUUUUUAAAACAGAAGCAUGAUUUUUUUAUAUCAAAAUGAGGGUGAUUUCUAGAUAUUGCUUUAAAAGUUAAUAUUACAAGUAAACAUGUUUCCUUGGAAUGAAUCAAAUUAAACUGUUGAUAUGAGUGAACAAAUCAAUUCAUGUUACGCUGAAUGAAGAGACUGUUCUGACCCACCCUACCCCCUUUUACUGUGUGCACUCUCUCUUGAAGCUUUAUUGUAUUUUCCUGCUCCUUUUUUUUUUCCAAUUUGGCAAAUAACAUUUAGAUUUCACUCAAUCACUCAUGAAUUGAACAUGGAUACCAUUACAUUACUUUUGGUGCAUGAAAUAUAUAGAGGAAGAAUGAGAGAAGAAUACAAUGUCUUAAGUCUCUAAAUAUUAAAAAACAAACAACAAAAAAACCCACUAGCUUCUCUCUUUUGCCAUUGCUUUGAUGUUCUGUCUUCUGUAGGCUACAGUUGCAUUUUUAAUAUCUAAUUGAAAUCUAAGCAUCCUUCUUGAAGGAAUGUCAAAAUUUAGUAUCUAUGGGCAGACCUCUUGACUGUCCCUUAUGUUUAAUACCUGAUUUGUAUCUUACAUGAGUAUUCUAUGAGAGAAAGGCACCUCCUUGUUGACAUUCACCAUGGGCAUAGUAACUUAUUCUCUAGGUUUAACUUCCAAGGGUAUUUUCCUUUGAUUUCUAGUAUCUCUGAUCACCUCUUUCUGUCCCUAGGGUUAUACAUUGCCUGUUCUGGAUACAUUGUCUAUGUAACCUUAAAAGAAAGGAUGUUUUCAGUGAAAAGCAAAUAUAUUUUUAUGUGUUCCUAAAUGUCUAAAAGAAAAUAAGUACAUUCCAGUAUUUUCCAAAUCAUGUUCGGUUCUACUGGUUCUGGCAAAUGUUCAUUGUGGUCUGAGAAUAAAUGAUUCUAUACCAUAGUACCCACUUCUUGGACAUUGAUAAUAAAUGUUAUUGUUUUAAUGAA